AUGCCCCCAAGAUUACCACUUGCGCAGGCGGCGCGAUGCUGCGCUGCGGCGAUUGAGGCCCCUGCGAGGCCGGCGAGCCUGGUCUCCCUCUUCGCCGCUCUCUCGGUGCAGACACGGAGCGCAUCGAUCCUCGCCAGCAUCUCCGACAAUAAGGGCGCCUACAACAAGCGCAUUCGGAAGGGUCGCGGUCCCUCGUCCGGCUACGGAAAGACGUCUGGUCGUGGUCACAAGGGUACGGGGCAGCGUGGAAAACUCAACCCGUGGUUUCAGGGUGGCCAGACUGCCCUCAUUUUCAGCCAUGGCAAGAUGGGCUUCGUCAACCAUCGUGCACCUGAAAUGAUGGAGCUGAACCUCGACCGACUUCAGGCCUGGAUCGACGCCGGCCGUCUCGACCCGAAGAAACCCAUCACGCCCCGCGAGAUCAUCAGAUCGGGCGUCAUUGGUGGUAGCAUCAAGGACGGGAUAAAGCUACUGGCCCGCGGCGGAGAAACGCUGAAGACGCCAAUUGACAUCAUGGUGUCCCGGGCGUCGGCCUCUGCUAUUAAGGCGAUCGAGGAUGCCGGCGGCAAGAUCACAACGAGGUUCUACACGAAAGAGUCGCUCAAGCGGUUGGUCAAAGGUCACAGUGUCAACACGGAAAAGCCGCUCCCUUUUGGGCCCGAGCAUGUCGAGGCCGUGCUGGAGCAGGCGAGGACGACCAAGAAACACUUCUACCGCUUGCCCGACCCGACAGGUCGUGAGGAUAUCGAGUACUACCGGGACCCGGCCCACAGGGGAUAUCUGAGCCACACUCUGCAGCCGGGAGAGUCGCCCAGUUUGUAUUUCAAGGUCCCCGGCACGGCGGCCAUCACGGGCAAGCCCAAGAACAAGGAGAAGGCCGCCGAGCAAGCCGCGAGGUUGUUCUAG